GCCGAUUCCAACUGAAAAACGUUCGAUUGGAUAUGACAGAUAUGUAUUAUUUGGCGAACACUGUACUAGGAGUGGUGCCCAGUUCUCGCAAUCCGCUGACCAAUCGAAUGAACAAAUACACACUGGACUAUUACAUGUACGGCCAUAGAGAUGAAUUGUGGAAUUUGGUUUUCGACAUGGAUAAAAUCAAACAAAUCGGCAAGCAGAAGCAAUUUAACUUCCAAAUCGUCACCAAUAGUGUUUGCGUGUCAAUAUUGUACGAGAAGCCAGCGAAGGCUUGGGUGGAAAAUUCAGAGCAGGCCACAUUUAACAACAUGACAUAUGCUAGUGCCAUCGAUCCGAACGAGAAAACGUGGGUGGCCGUUGUGCGCCGCCAUAUCAAGUCAAACAUUGAGGAAAACAUUAAAAUAUCCAAUCCACGAUUUCAUUGACAAACCGAGCAGAAGAAGAGAGAUCGAAAGG